GAAAUACAUGGUUUAAUGUUUUGCUUUCCCUCCCACGCAGUGUAUCGUAUCAAGUUCAAUGAGAGCUAUGCAGAAAUGAACAGAGGCUCAAAUGAGUGGAAGACCGUCCUUGGUGGAGUGUUCUUUUUUCUUGGCUUAACUGGGCUCUUCCUUGUUUGGCAGAAAAUGUAUAUGUAUGGCCCUAUCCCGCACACCUUCUCCGACGAGUGGUUGGCGGCGCAGACGAAGAGAAUGUUGGACAUGCGGAUGAAUCCUGUUGAGGGCAUCUCUUCCCAGUGGGAUUUUGAGAAGAACGAGUGGAAAAAAUGAAGCAACUCAGUGGAACCUGCUCUGCUUGAAUAUGAAAUGAUUCCAUCACCUGCGUGUGACCUCGUUGCUUAUGUACUGGAACAACCUCCACCUAAAUAGAUGCUAAUAAAUGUCUGGUUAACUUGAAAGUUUGCUUU